AUGAGCUUGGAUUUGAAUGUUAGUUGUGGAGAUUAUAGUGGUGAAGAUACCUCCAGUGCCAACACUAACACAACCUCAUUUGGCAACAAUGACGAUGGGUUCGAGGAUGAAGGAUCAGAGGAACACAGAUUUCGGAUCAUGAGCGGCCCGAAUGAAAAUGAUAAUGGAGAUGGUGACGAUGGUCCAACAGAUUCGUUUCGUUCCAAUAAUGUUGAUAAUAGUCGCAAUCUGCCGGAAAAAAGUGAAUGUUCGGUACAAGUGUCAAAGAAAUUGGUGAAAGGUUUGAUAAAGUUGGGAUGUUGCAUUGAUACUUUGGACGAGGUCCAUGUAUUGUAUCGUGAGUACGGACGGCUUAAGGGAUUCUCGGUGAGGAAAGGAAGUCAAUCAUAUUUCUUGAACACUAUGUUUGUUCGGGCCAAGUUUUAUCAUUGUUCGUGUGAGGGUUCUCCUGACAACAAAUGCUCGAAUGAUAAAGUGCCAGUAUGCAAAAGGCAGUCUUAUAGGUGCAAUUGCAAGGCGAAGCUACGUGUUUGUAGAUAUGACGUUGAGUCGCCAUGGAAAGUGACAGUUUUCGAGACCCACCACAACCACAAAUUACUCCACCCAAGUGAGAGUUACCUUCUUCGUUCCGCUCGCAAUAUGUCGCAAUCGAAGAAGACGUUGCUCAUAGCUUUAACCUCUAGCGGUAUUGGUGUUAGUCGAGCGUAUCGUUUUCUUGAGAAUGAAGCGGGUAGUCGAGCAAUUAUUGGUUUUCUGCGCAAGGAUGUGUAUAAUGAGCUCAGUAGUGAGCGGAGUAAAAUGUUGAAAGUUUGUAAUGCCGACGCAAACAAGUUGUUGAAGUAUCUCACGGACAAGGGUUCCAGUGACCCUUCUUUCUUUUGGAAGGUGAAGGUAGGGGAUGAUGGGAGGCUGAAAAAUCUACUUUUCCGCGACACAAGGUGCCUUAUAGACUACCAACAUUUUGGCGAUGUUGUUUCCGUUGAUGCCACCUAUAAGACUAACAAGUACGAUUUGGUUUGUGUUCCCAUCAUAGGAAUUAACCAUCAUCGUACCAAUGUUAUGUUUGCAAUGACUUUCUUGGCGGAUGAAAAAACGGAAUCAUACGAAUGGUUAUUUUCAACUUUUUUGGAGUCGAUGUAUCGUAAUGAGCCUGCAAUAAUUUUCUCGGACCAAGAUCAAGCUUUAAUGAAUGGUUUGGACAACACAUUUCAUGUAGCAGCCCAUAGGCUAUGUCAAUGGCACAUAAACAAGAAUGCCGGGAAGCAAUUUGGUAAGUUGAAUUACAAUAAAGAAUUCAAAAGCUUGUGGCAUCGAUGUAUGAACGGAUGUGAAAAUGUUGAAGAGUUCGAUGCAACCUGGCAUUACAUGAUGGAGGAUUUCAAUCUAAAGGAAAAUAUAUGGUUCAAAACCAUGUAUAGCCUGAGAAAGCGUUGGUCGACCGCCUUCAGUGUAGAAAAAUUUUCACGACUCAAAAUACAAUAA